CUUUCGACGAUUCAAACUGUGGAACGUCUCAUGAGAUCGGUUCCCAUCAAAAACAACUCAUUCGACAGAUUCCGUCCGUCCAUUUGUCACGCAUAUACACACACUGAGGAUCGUCUUGAAAGGGAAUGAGAGGGAUGAAUGAAAUAUGGAUGGCGUCUAUGGAAUGGUGUGUGUGGCCGGCAGCAAGCAGCUCAUUCCUCCUCCUCUUCCUCUUUCCAUUCCUCUUCUUCGUCGCUUUCUUCGUCUUCGAAGUUGUCGUAUUCUCCCUCAUACUCGGCAGUGGCAGUAGUGGUCUGGUUGGUCUGCAGCUCACUGCCCGUGUGCCCAGCCUCCAUGGCCUGCAGCUUGCGGCAGUAGGCCGCGGGGUCGGCAGAGUAGAGGGGCUUCAUGGUCUCAUCGCUGCCGGCCGUCCACUUCUUGCCGCGGCGGGUCCACAGCUGGUUGUAGAACGGCGCACUGCACCAUCAUCGAACAUCACACAACACGCCACCCUCUCUCCAUGUGUGUGUGUGUAAAUGUGUGUGUCGUCUGUUGCUGUCUGACUGACCCGUCGCCCUCCUUUGAUGCAAUAAGGGAGAAGAGUUCGACUGUGCGGGGAAGCAGGGAGACAUCUCCCGUCUCGACGUAUUGACGCAUCAGCCGGUUGGCCUCGAUGGAGGCGGGGCAGAGGGGUUGGCCGUGGACGCAGCUCUGGUACCAACACACACCCUGCAAAGACAACACAAAGCAGACAAAGAUCUUGCAAAACGAGGGGUGUGAGGGAUGGGUGUGAGAGCUUACAUAGUCGAAGUCAGAUCCAGGAUCUCCCGUCCGUCUGCCUGGCGCAGGACCCUUAGCCACAUUGCCGGGCAUCCAGGUCACUGCAACACGGAGCUGAAGAGGGAACGAAACGAACAAACAUCCACCGUUCCAUGCAUCAUCGAGAAAAGGCACCUUUUUGCGGAACUCCAGUUCGAUGGGGUCGCUGGGGUCCUUCAUGAAGUCCUUCCACUCCUGGACAUCUGCCGGAGUGGCUCGGUUCUCCACGAAUCCGCUGUAGUUGGGGGCGUGCUCUGCCAACACGUUGACGAACUUGCGGAUCGCCUCCUGGCCCUCCUUCGGACACACGGCCUUAUUCCACCACUGCAAAGCAGCACACAAGAGGUCACGAAGCUCAUGCAGCUGGGCCUGGUGCAGAUUGACCUUGACAAGAAGGCUCUUUGGUAUUAUGUGGUGGUAGGUGAUCAUCUCCCCAGCUUCUUUCUGUCUUUUGGCGUAGGGGCGGGCCUUCUUGAUCGCGUCGUAGUUGAUGCCCAGAUUCCCAGCACCUGCAGAUCAGAGAUCAGAACACGGCAAAGAUCCAUGCAGAUCCCGGCGUCGCCGUUUUGUGCUCCCCCACCGCCGUGCACAACACCUGGUGCGCAUCUGCGUGAGGCGAGCCCCAUCAUCCGAGCCGCGGAGGCCGUGGGAUGUGAGUGAAGAUGUGAGGAUGAAGAGGAUGGACAGGAUGGACAAAAACAACAAGAAUGCCUUGGAAAACGACAUCUUCAAACAGCGGUGGGGAUGGUGCGUGGUGGGGGAACGGGGAGGCGGG